UCGGAGGUUAACGGCACCAUCGGGCACAACAACACCGUCCGAAGAAAAAAGCACUAACUUUACAGAAAAUGAUGUUCUUAUCUCGUCUGGAGUAGAUUUAAAAGCAGAGGAAAUUAAUAUUCGUAGAGAACAUGAAUUAUUGGCAGCGCGUCAGUCUUCCGCGCUAGUUCAAUAUCCAGACCGCUCACGUUCCCAAAGUUUUUUAAAUCAAAGAAGUCUUGCCGCAAAAGUUCAAUCAAUAGCAUUGCAACACAAAAUAGUAAACGUACACUCUGAUGCAUUAGCAUACCUGGCACUUGCCACACAAGAAAGAAUUAGAGAGUUGAUUGAAACAAUGAUAGUAGCAAAAAAUCACCGAAUACAUUCGGAACAUAUAAACCUCCCUCCUGCUUCCGAAAAUGGUCUACCUAUGUAUAAAGAAGUUGUCAGCCUAGAUGUUAGAUCGCAACUAGCUGCACUGGAAAAAGUUGAAAGGGAGCAAGAGCGUAAAAGGCAGGAAAGCCUUGCAGGUUCAUCGCAAGAUACUAAUAUAGGGGAUGAACAAACGGAUGAGAUGAAAGAUUCAGCAGAUGCUUCGACUCAUCAACCAAAACGUGUUAAACGUCAAAAGAAGGAUAAAGACUCUACAUCUAGUUCGUCAUUGAAACUAUCGAAUGAAGCUAUUGCUACAAGUACUAAUCAAACAGCUUUGGUGGCUGCUGGUGGCCUAACGAAAAGUUGGAUGUUACAAGGAGCUAUUGAUAAAACUUCCCAGUCUUCGACUAUAUCCUCAACAAACGGUAAUGGUGCUUCAUCCGGAAUUAGACCACAACGUGGACGCUCACGUUCAACAUCAAAUGGUCGACCAUCAGUAAUUAAAAGGGAUAGUCUAGGCACGCGCGGUGACCAUAUAUUCUCUGCAACACAUGAUAAUAGGAGGGUUUCACGGGAUGCAGGUGAUGUCACCCCAGCAGUAACGGUGAAAGACGCACUUUUUGUACUUGAAAGGGAUCGUGGUGGCGGCGGUCAAGCCGGUGGAACACGAGAGGUACUCAUGAAGGGAUACGUCAAGUGGUUGCGCUGA